AUGAAGGUCAUCAACAAUGCUUCCCCUCCGUCAGAGUUCAAGAGGAUAGGCUACUUUGAAGCCUGGAGCUCGGCUAACAAAAAGGAGCGGCCUUGCCUGUUUAUGGAUGCCACCCAGAUUCCGACAGGAUACACACAUAUGCAUUUUGCCUUUGGGGAGGUAUCCUCCCACUUUGCCGUGGGUGUCAGCAAGCUCAAAAACCAGUUCGACAAGUUUGUGAAGAUGAGAAGCUUCAAGAGAAUCAUUGCCUUCUGUGGAUGGACAGUGUCUACUGACCCAAGCUCAUUUUGGAUUUCUCGAGAAGGCGUCAAACCGGGCAACAGGGAGAUUUUGGCCACCAACAUCGCCAAGUUUGUCGUGGACCAUGAUUUGGAUGGCGUGGAUCUCGAUUGGGAGUAUCCAGGUGCGCCAGAUCUCCCUGAUAUUCCUAGUGCCGACCCGCUCGAUGGACUGGCAUAUCUGGAACUUCUGAAGUUGUUGAGACAGAAGCUUCCGUGGACAACAGUUGGCGAUCGCUGCUCCCGCUUCCUACUGGUAUCUCAAGUAAUUUCCAAUUGGGGAGAUCAGCAAGGUCGUUGA